AUGCAGGAGGCCUUGAAGAAGGACUUGACGGGCCGGUUCGUUUGCAGCAACGAGACGAUAGGUUUCGGGUCUUCGAAAACGGUGUACAAGGGCUUCGACCGGCAGGAGGGUUGCGAGGUAGCGUGGUGCAAGGUUCCCGCUGCGGUGGUUGGCUAUGGAGCCAAUUCGAGGGCUGUCCGUGAGGUGCAGAUGCUUUCCGAGAUUUCGCAUCCCCACAUCGUGCGGAUGGUGAGUUCGUGGGUGGAUAACAGCCGGGAUCUCAUCAUCAUCACCGACCUCUAUGGCUCUCCUCUCGACGCGUACGUCCGCAAGCACGGCAAGCAGGAGAUCAGCGUCAUCCGAAAGUGGGGACGGCAGCUCAUCGACGCCCUGUGCUUCUUGCACGACAGGCCGAUGCCCAUUGCGCACCGAGAUCUGAAGUGUGCGAACGUCUUUGUCAACAACUACACGGGCGACGUGGCAUUGGGCGAUCUAGAAUUUGCCUCCGUGCUGAGCUCGUCACGGACAACGUUGUCUGUCCUGGGAACGGCGGAAUACAUGAGCCCCGAGUGCCUUCAGGGUAAGUAUACCCACAAGGCCGACGUCUAUUCCUUUGGAAGGGCCUUGCUGAAGAUGUACACGCUCCGAAAGCCGUACACGCGCUUUCGCACGGGCCCCUACUAA